UUUAUUUUGAAACGGACACGUAGCAGAGAUUCGGAUUUCAGUGCUUGGUUCUCCGAGCAGUUCGGUGACACAUCCUCAGUGAAAGCAGGUCGAUGGCAUCGCCAGACUGCUGACGUCGGGGUUUUGUUCGUUUGGCACCGUAUCGGAUACGAUAUUUGGAUCGUCUGAAGGUUUAUUCGGGUGAAGGAACAUGUCGGCUCCGGGUUACACGAAUCUGAACUCGACGCAGAACGGCGGAGGUCCUGGCACUGCAGCCGCUUAUCACAACGGACCAGGUCAAACUCACCCAGCCAUGUAUCCUGCCUCGAGUUACUAUACUGGCGUUCCUCAGCAUGGUUACCCCACCGUGCUGCCUCAAAACGCUCCUCCUGGAAAAGCCCUGCCAGCAAGUACCAACUACUACGCCAACAGCCACCCUCAGACCGGGGCGACCCCAGGCACAGGAUCUGUUUUUUACUCUGCUCCGCCAGCCCAGGUCCCCGUCAGUACCAACCCUGCUGCUUCUGGAGCUCCCCAGUAUCCGCCACAUUCGUACUAUCAGCAUUAUGCCGUGUCUGCUAAUUACUACGGACAGAAUUACAGCGCUGCUGCCCAGGGGCAACAGAAUCCUCCACCACCGGCAUCGAGCGGCGCUCACCUCGGGCCCCCGCUCUACCCCAUCGUGUCCUACCCGUCAGCUCCUGGGAGCAGCCAGUAUGGAACGCUGCGGUCGACCCAGGCUGCUGCAGGAGCGGUGCCUACCCAGAGCGCUUUGCAACCUCAGCAGCAGUAUUCUCAGGACAACAGGGCCACACCCACCCCACCAGCUCAGCAUGGUUACGGAGCCCCACCCCUUCAACAAGCAGCUGCCGUUAAUGGCCAGUCAAGUGCAGGCCAGCAGCACUACAAUCAAACUGCUCCGCCUCCUGCGGGCCCUCGUUACGGCACAGAGGGUGCCGACGGACAUCGCCCGCCACUGAGCACCCCAUCCACAUCCACCCCGUCUUCUCCAGGACGCCAGUCAGGGCUGCUGAUUGGUGGAUAUGGGGGCAAUAGAGCUGCUAGUUCCUCCACAGGGUUGCCAGGUGACCAUUCCUCAUCCAGUUCGGACCACGAGGACGAGGAUGAGGAGGAUGAGGAAGCAGGUGCAGACAGUUCCUCCACCACCACAGGGAGCGCGUCUCCUGUCCCCAACUGCUACGAGUCCCUGGAAGGAGGAAGCUACUCAGGCUCGCCUGCUGUUCUGCCUCCUCCUGUUCCUCCAAGUGAACCCACCAAACCGGCCCCGCCCUUUGGCUACAACUAUCCAACCAUGCAGCCUGGUUACCAACAAAGCCCAGCCCCCCGACCAGAGCCCAUCCCUCCACAGGGAGCAUAUAAUCAACCUGGAUAUCAGCCAUAUUCACAGCCAUUCCCCAGUCUGAACCAGCUCUCGACGGCAUUGGGUGGACUGAGUGGAGUUCCUGAGCUGGAGGUGGAGGCCCUGCGCCCUGUGAACCUGCUGCAGGAGAGAAACAUGCUCCCCCCAACACCCCUCGUGCCACCUGAACCCAAGCUCAGCAGUGACCUCCGCAAGGUCAACUGUAGCCCAGAUACAUUUCGCUGCACUUUGACCAGCAUUCCUCAAACCCAAGCAAUGCUGAAUAAAGCUCGUCUGCCUCUUGGACUCCUGCUGCACCCUUUCAGAGAUCUGACGCAGUUGCCGGUUAUCACCUCCAACACUAUCGUCCGCUGUCGUUCAUGUCGGACGUACAUCAACCCGUUCGUGUCGUUUCUGGACCAGCGCCGGUGGAAGUGCAACCUCUGCUACCGUGUGAACGACGUUCCUGAUGAGUUCAUGUAUAACCCGGUUACACGUUCCUACGGUGAACCACACAAGAGGCCAGAAGUGCAAAACGCCACCGUCGAGUUCAUCGCCUCUUCAGACUACAUGCUGCGACCUCCUCAGCCCGCCGUGUAUCUGUUUGUAUUGGACGUAUCCCAUAAUGCCGUGGAGACGGGCUACCUGAACGUCCUGUGUCAGACGCUACUGGACAAUCUGGAGAAGCUGCCUGGUGAUUCUCGCACACGCAUCGGAUUCUUGACGUUUGACAGCACGAUUCACUUUUACAACUUGCAGGAGGGGCUCUCGCAGCCGCAGAUGCUGGUCGUGUCCGAUAUCGAUGAUGUGUUCACGCCGACUCCUGACAAUCUACUUGUGAAUCUGAAAGAGAGCCAGGAGCUGGUGAAGGACUUGUUGAACGCGCUGCCCAAGAUGUUCUGUCACACACGGGAGACCCACAGUGCCCUAGGGCCGGCGCUGCAAGCAGCAUAUAAACUAAUGACACCCACCGGGGGUCGCGUGUCCGUGUUCCAGACGCAGUUGCCCACCAUCGGCACAGGACUGCUCCAGUCACGAGAGGACCCCAACCAGAGGUCCAGCUCCAAGGGCGUACAGCACCUUGGUCCUGCUACAGACUUCUACAAGAAGCUGGCUCUGGAUUGUUCGGGUCAGCAGAUCGGGGUCGACCUGUUCCUUUUGAGCUCUCAAUAUGCAGAUCUGGCCUCAUUAGCCUGCAUGUCGAAGUUUUCAGCUGGCAGCAUUUUCUACUACCCAGCGUUCCAUCACGUCCACACCCCGGCUCUGAGGGUGAAGCUGCAGAAGGACCUGCAGCGAUACCUCACCCGGAAGAUUGGCUUCGAGGCUGUAAUGAGGAUCAGGUGCACCAAAGGAAUGUCCAUCCACACGUUCCAUGGCAACUUCUUUGUGCGCUCCACUGAUCUGCUGUCUCUGGCGAACGUCAACCCAGACUCGGGCUUCGCCGUCCAAGUGUCGAUAGACGAGAGCUUGGCCGAUACAUCUCUCGCAUGCUUCCAGGCUGCUCUUCUCUACACGUCCAGUAAAGGCAAACGGCGAAUCCGAGUGCACACCCUGUGUCUGCCUGUGGUGAACCAACUCAGCGAUGUGUUUGCAGGAGCUGAUGUUCAAGCCAUUACCUGCCUGCUAGCCAACAUGGCUGUAGACCGCUCUCUCUCCUGCAGCGUUUCGGAUGCCCGGGACGCCCUGCUGAAUGCGGUCGUGGACUCGUUAGAGUCGUAUCGCUCCAAUAUCUCCAACGUGCAGCAAACUGGUGUCAUUGCCCCCUCCUGCCUGCGCCUUUUCCCUCUGUACACACUCGCUCUGCUCAAACAGAAAGCGCUACGGACGGGGACGAGCACGCGGCUGGAUGAGCGUGUGUUCGCGAUGUGCGAGUUUAAGAGUCAGCCACUAAAGCAGAUCAUGCAUAUGAUCCAUCCCGACCUGUACCGCAUCGAUAAUCUCACCGAACAGGGGGCGCUGCAGCUGAACGAGCGGGUGAUUCCUCAGCCUCCGGUGCUGCAGCUCUCAGCUGAGAAGCUCACCAGAGAGGGAGCCUUCGUCUUGGACUGUGGCAGCGUGAUGUAUCUGUGGUUGGGGAGGAACUGUAACGAGGUCUUCGUUCGAGACGUCCUGGGCUUCCCUGACUACACGUCCAUACCAGCCAGCUUGACUGAAAUCCCUGAGCUGGAGACUGCGGCUUCGGAGAGAACCAGAGCGUUUGUGUCCUGGCUUCAGGAAUCCAGAGGAUUUUGUGCCGCCUUCUACGUGCUCAAAGACGACGCUUCGGCAAAGAGCAGUUUCUUCCCGCACCUGGUCGAGGACCGUUCCGAAUCCGCCUUCUCCUACUACGAGUUCCUGCUCCACAUCCAACAACAGCUGUCCAAAUAGAACCGAGCCCGGUCUUGACACCACCACGGACCCCGGUCCGGCAGGACGCCGCCCCACCGUCCCGCCAUGACACAAACCCUUCCCACCUGCCACUGGCCAGUCACAGCCUGUGGUGCCUCAAAGAGGGUGGGGCUGAAGACCAUUGUGGGAAAACAAAGAAAGCAGCAAAACGAACACGUGACCUUGCGUAAACUGUGCUCGCAAGAAAGACCUUCUACCCUUUACACACACACACACACUCUCUGAACUGAGUUGUCUUUCCUCCCUUGAAAUGUUUAGCCUCCUUUAUAUCACGUAAACAGAGUCUCUAUAUCCGUGUCCUUUUUUUUUUUUUUUUUUAAAUAACGUUUGCUCAGAGAACCCUGUGAUUUAAUUUCUCUCGCUGUUAAUAACACCGCCGUUUUUCUUUUCUCAUCGCUUAACGCUCUUUCCUCACAACGUAACACACUGAUAACACUGCUGAUCCGAUGUUAUCGUUCCCUUCACUCGUCUAUAGUUUCUCCAUCUUUCUCACUGUAUUCCUCCUUUCAUUCAUGUCCCCUAAUUAUUUUUUUAAUCACAAGUGUGGGUGUAGUUUUUAACGCCGAGCACUAGUCCAAGUUUAUCCCAUCUCCUAGCAGCAAGAGGUGGAGCGAUGGCAGAGCCCAAACACGCACACGUCCAGAGUAAGACGCACCUCUGAGAUGCCUGGAUCUGUGCUGUUUCUGAAGCUGAGAUCAUCCCUCUCUGUUUUCUUGGGGAAUCAUGCGGUAAAGCCUCGUUCUCCACUUUAUAACUCUGGAGAAAAGAAUAUUUUAUGUGCGAUAAUUUAUGAUGAGCUUAUUGAAUAAAAUGAAAGCCUAUUCCUC